AUACAGGAUAUCAACUGACAUUAGGAAGUUAUCAAGAUGUCCUUUGUAUCCUGCACUGAGAACAGACUUUGCCCUCCUGUGUUCCAUUGUUUUUAUCUUAAUUCCAAUACUUCAUUAUUAACAACAAUCAGUGCCCAAACAUUCAAAGUGAUAUAGAGUGUACUCUUUACAAAAGACAACUGAAUUCAGCCAUUCAUCUGAGUGAAAGCUGUCUUGUGAAAUAUGGCACACUUGGAGAGAAGUUUAUUCAUUAAACAAGUCAUGAUUGUUACUAUCCUCAUUUGUUGCUGUCUGGCGACCAUCAUCAAUGGCCACAUCGUCGACAGGGGGGACGACGUUGAAACCUUGAAUGUUUAUGUGGUUCCUCAUAGUCACAUGGAUGUAGGCUGGGUUUACACAGUUCAGGAGAGCAUGCAUGCUUAUGCUGCCAAUGUUUACACCACGGUGAUAGCUGAACUUGCUAGAAACCCUGCACGCCGAUUUAUUGCUGUUGAGCAGGAGUUCUUCAGGCUCUGGUGGGAUGGGGUAGCCACGGAAAUACAAAAGAGUCAAACAAGAAAGUUUGUUACUAAUGGUCAGAUGGAGUUUAUUAUUGGAGGCCAGGUGAUGCAUGAUGAAGCAGUGACUGAACUUAGUGCCAUUAUACAACAAAUGACAGAGGGACACGCCUUCAUCUAUGAGACAUUCGGUGUUCGACCUCAGUUUGGCUGGCAUGUAGAUCCUUUCGGUGCUUCUGCAGCUACUCCCACUCUUUUUGCACUCAUGGGAUUCAAUGCCCAUCUGACGUCACGAAUAGAUUAUGAUCAGAAAUCCGCCAUGAUGAAGUCAAAGGGACUCCAGUUUGUAUGGCAAGCCUCACCGUCUCUUGGAUCAUCACAGAGUAUGUUCACCCAUGUCAUGGAUACAUACAGUUAUUGUGUUCCAAUGGAGAAACCACCAUUUUCUAACAGAUCUGGAUACAUGUGGAAUGGAGUAGCAAAGUUUCCCAAUCCACCAACCGAUGGUAUGUACCCCAACAUGAGUGAUCCAGUGACGUCAAAGAAUGUUGGAGAGUAUGCUGAUUUCAUGGUGGCUAAUGUACGCAAACGGGCUGCUUGGUUUAAGACUCCUCACCUACUCUGGCCUUGGGGUUGUGAUAAGCAGUUCUUCAAUGCUACUGACCAGUAUGAAAAUAUGGACCGCCUUCUAGAAUAUAUUAACCAACACAGAACUAAAUACAAUAUAAAAAUCCGUCAGGCGACACUUGGCCAGUUUUUCACCGCUCUACACAACAGUCAAUCUACAUGGGGUGUUAAGAACACAGGAGAUUUUCUUCCUUAUUCGACAGCACGCGAAGAAGCAUGGACCGGAUUCUACACUUCAAGGAUCGAGUUGAAAGGAUUAGCCCGGUCUAGUCAGGCUAUUCUCAGAUCAGGGGAGACACUCUUCUCUCUGUAUACCCAUCUUUAUAACAUCUCAAGGACUGUGAAUACAACCGGCGCACUGGAAAAGAUCAAGAAACUCAGAUGGGCUUCGGCAGAGGUACAACACCAUGAUGGUGUGACGGGAACUGAAGCCCCUGUGGUGCGUGACAUGUACAUCAGUCAUCUACGUGAUGGAAGCCAAAAUACCUUAGAUGUGAUUACGGAUAUUCUCUAUGAACUGACACAAGUUAAUACAAGGGAGACAGAACGCCGCAAUGAGGAAUAUGAUAUACUCGGGAUGAAGUCAGAUGAAAGGAAGGGUGCUGUCACCUAUGCAGUCUACAACUCUCUGGGAUGGAGCGUUCGACGAUUAGUCAUGAUAGAAGUCGACUCACCUAAUGUGACGGUUUUAGACUCACAGGGAAGACGAGUCAUCAGCCAGGUCAACCCGCCAUCGAGUGGGAGUCAGCUCUACAAACUUCACUUCUUUGCUACCAUUCCUCCUGUUGGCUACCAAACUUUUGUUGUUCUAUUCUUCAAUGAUAACCCAUCAUUCAGUGGUAUCCAACAUCAAUUCCAAAGGGAAUAUCCCACUUUAAUAAGCUAUGAGGCUAGCACUAGGGAGGCUUCGGAAGAUGGAGGCAGAGAUGAAGGGGGUGGUGACGCGGAAGAAGAUGAAUUAUCCAUUGAGAAUGAUUGCUACAAAAUAUAUUUUGAUCCUUCAACGAAUGCACUGUCAUCAAUAACCAAUAAACAGAAUGGCAAGAUCACAAAAAUGAGUGCUGGAUUCCUGGAGUAUCUUGUCUUCCAUGACGUGCUGUAUGGUCAAACAUCCAACAACUACAUCUUCAGACCAUACGGACCUGCCUCGGGUAUCAGUAGCAUCAGAACCAAGCUUGAUAUGUCUACAGGUCAUCUUAUAAAUGAGACAACGCAACAUUUCUAUGGGUUGUUUGAUGUGGAUAGUCGCUACUCAGUGACCAUGCGAUUGCUCAAUGAUGCAAGUGGACAUCCUGAUAAGAUUUCAUGCAGCCAUAUCGAAGUGGACUUCAAAGUUGGACCCCUCUCAAUGAACAAAGAACUUGUCUAUAGGUUUUCUACAUCUCUCAAGUCAAAUGGGAACCUGUAUGCUGAUGUCAAUGCCUUUCAGACGAUGAACAGAUCGAGGCGCCAUGGGGCAACAAUUGCACAAAACUUCUUCCCGAUGGUAAGCUCAGCUUACAUAGAGGAUACUUCUACAGAUGAUAGACUGAUGCUGCUGUCUGAUAGAAGCCAUGGAGUCAGUAGUCAAAGAGACGGACACAUCGAGGUCAUGUUACAUCGGAGGGUGGUGAAUAAUGAGUUUCAGACCCACGACUACAACCUCACCCUAGAGGAACCCUCUAUAGCAACAUCCAAAUUCUGGUUGUUGCUAGGCAACGCAUCAAUGACAUCGGAACUCCGUCAUCGCAGCUGGCUUCAACUGGAGAAUCCACCUGUCGUUGUUAAGGUGGGAUCAUCAAGGUCUUUAGAAGAAGUUUACUUGUCAGGCUUGCAAACUCAGAGGUUUAAUUCAGCAAUAGCUAAUGUGCUACCAAAGAACAUUCAUCUUCUCACAUUCAAAACACCAGGCUGGAAUUAUAAUGACUCUGCCAAAAACAGUCAUUCAGGAGAAACUUCACCUAAUCUAAGUCGAAUUCUGCUUCGUCUACAACACCUUUAUGAAGUAGGUGAACAUCCAAUUCUAUCCAGACCAGCAACAGUAGAUCUUCAAAGGGUGUUAUCACCCUUGGGAAUGAUAAAGACGGUGGAUGAACGUAGCCUAACAGGUAUCUGGAACAUCACCCAGAUGAACAGAUGGAAGUGGAAAACAGCUGGUGAAAGUCCAUCUGAACCAAGUGAAAAGUCCAACAACAUCAAUAGGACUAAAGGCACAACAAACACAACAGCAGCACCUACCACAACUAAAACACCAACCACUGCAACACCACCAAGCUUUGCCUACACGCUGCAACCACAGGAAAUUAAGACCUUCUUUGUCACCAUGAAGGAACCAUCUCAAAAAUGAGGAUCACUUUCAUGUUCUUCAAGCUGUCAUCCUCUUGUUGAUAUCUAAAGCAUCAAUUUCAUGUAAAAGAUGAACCUCCUAUUGUAUUGGUGAGGGUGGUAUUCUUGAAAUUCUUAAGAGGAAGCAAAGUCAUUUAAUUCCUGAAUUUUAUUAUUUCUUUUGGAUAAGAGCGCUCAAUAUGGUAGUGUUAUCAUUAUCGUCAUCAUAAUCAUUACAAUCGUCAUGGUCAUCAUCAUCAAUAUCAUCAUACUCUCUAUGUCUCUACUAAUUACAUUACAAUUGAUACACUAUCAAUGUUUGUUGUUGAUAGUUUGUUACCUCUGAAUAUUAUGCAUUUUGUAUUUCCAUGUAGAAUAUGUUUGUUAAACUGCAGGGUAUCUUUGUAAAGCAGUUUAUAAACCUGAACAGGUUAACCCUGCAGCAUAAAAUGAAUUUGAAAAUGAUAUUAUUAUAACCAUCCUCUUAUCCUCCAGUUUCACAAGAAGUGUGGUAUUGUUAAUGUUUAUCAAACUUUUAUUUGAAGCCAGCCGAAGGUGCAAUUUAAUCUUUAUGUAUGUACAGUAUACAUGAUGUAACAGUUGCAGACUGUUUCUCACUGGGGCAUUUUAGCAAUCACUUUGCAGAAACUUUCUAGAACGUAGAGAAUCUUUUGUCAAAAGCCCUAUAAGAAAGAAGCCUUUGUUGAAAAUUGGUAAAUCAAAACAGCAGUGUCGUCCUGGACAAACGACAUAUUUGCAAUUUUUUUUGUCCCUUCCGAAUCUUAAGACGAUGUGCUGUCCCAUUCCACCAACUUUCGACAGUGACUUAUCUGUCAAUUGUGAUUUGAUAGGCAUUUUCAAUAGAUUCUGAAUGUUGCACAAAGUGUCUGUGACAUAGAUGCUAAAGAACACUUAUUAUUGUUCAAUGUAAAAAUAUCCCUGUUUAAAACCAGAGUAUGAGUGCACCUGUUUUCUAUGUAUGUUUUCUAUAUUUUAAAUAAAUAUUCACAGAUGAAAGGAUAAAUUAAUGAAACUUUUACAGACAGCACGUUUAACAAAAACAGAAUGGACUUCUGUCCAUAGUUUUAUUACUCUAGUGUUUGCACAACUAUCGGUGCCAUAUUUGGACAUUCCAUAAUGUAUGCAAGAAACAUUAGUAGGAAUUUACAUUUUAAUUUAAAUUCUAACUUAUGUACUAACCAUCAAUUGACACAUUUAACAAAAUAUAUCUGACUAGAAGAGCACAUAUCUCAAAUUUACAGUGAAAUGUGAAACAUUUUAUUUUAAUCUCUUUCUUUACACUUGAAUGUAUCAUAAUUCUGUUUGAAAGAUUAAGAUGUUCAAUAAAAAGUACUAAGAGUUAUCAACAAAAUGACACUAGUAAUGUCUUUUCAUGGAUGUGAAAAGCCUGUAACAGAUUUUCCAUUAAAUGACUUAUAAGAUUCCAA